CGAACUGUGCCAUAUGCCAUCAGGCCAAAAGUUGAAGCAGACCUGGAGCGCCUGGUCACCAAUGGAGUCCUAAUACCAGUUACCCAUAGCUCAUGGGCCACUCCUAUCAUUCCAAUAGUGAAGAAAGAUGGCUCUCUCCGGAUUUGCGGUGAUUUUAAAGUCACUGUCAACCCAGUGUUGUGUGCAGAGCAAUACCCGCUUCCCCGCAUCGAUGACCUCUUCGCAGGCCUGGCUGGGGGACAAAAGUUUAGUAAGAUUGAUCUGAGUCAAGCAUAUUUACAGAUGCAUGUCGAUGAAAAGUCCCAAGAGCUGUUGACUAUUGUGACUCAUAAGGGGCUUUAUCGAUACUGUCGCCUACCCUUCGGAAUAACGUCUGCUCCCGCCCUGUUCCAGAGGGCUAUGGACCAGAUCUUGUGUGGCUUGUCAGGAGUUCAGUGCUAUCUGGAUGAUAUCCUGGUCACUGGAAGAAAUGAAGAGGAUCACUUAAAGAAUUUAGAGGCUACCCUACAAAGACUGGAAGAGUAUGACCUACGAGUUUGCAAAGACAAGUGUGAAUUCUUCAAGCCCUCUGUUGAAUAUUUGGGACACAUCAUUGAUUCUGCAGGUCUUCAUAAGGCCCCUGCAAAAGUUAAAGCUAUUGUGGAGGCUCCCCCACCUCGAAAUGUAAGCCAGCUGUGCUCGUUUCUAGGACUACUGAACUAUUAUGGAAAGUUCAUCUCACAGUUAGCCACACUGCUAAGACCACUUCAUGAGCUCCUUGGGCAGAACAAGCCCUGGAAGUGGACUGAAGCCUGUGAUGUUGCAUUUAACAAAGCUAAGGAUGCAUUGCUAAAUUCCGAAGUUCUAACGCACUUUGAUCCAUCCUUACCCCUGCAAUUGGCCUGCGAUGCCUCCCCUUAUGGAGUGGGAGCAGUCGUGUCACAUAUUAUGCUUUCAGGAGAAGAGAGACCUAUUGCUUUUGCUUCACGCACUCUAAGCAAAGCAAAAACUAACUACGCCCAAAUCAAACGUGAGGCAUUAGGAAUUGUUUUUGGAAUUCGGAAGUUUCAUCAGUACCUGUUUGGGCGAAAGUUUACUCUUCUCACAGACCAUCAACCUCUGACAUCAAUUUUUGGACCCUACACAGGCAUUCCCCCAUUAGCUGCUAGUCGUAUGCAACGUUGGGCAUUGUUACUUUCAGCACACACAUAUGAAAUCAAAUAUCGGAAAUCCACUCUGCACGGCAAUGCAGAUGGCCUCUCAAGGUUGCCUUUGCCAGUCAAAUAUCAAGAUAGUGCCCAAAAGGAAAUCUUCUACUUUGAACAGGUAGAGAAUACACCCAUCACUGCUACUCAGAUAAAGAAGGCAACUCGCGUUGACCCAGUAUUGUCCCAAGUUAUGGACCUGGUGAUGCAUGGAAAAUCUCAACAAACCUGUCCGGUCUCACCCGACCUUGUUACCUACAUGUCCAGGAGGACGGAGUUAUCGGUCCAAUCUGGUUGUUUGUUGUGGGGGAGACGUGUCAUUAUUCCACCACCAUUAAGAUCACAGAUGUUAGAACAGCUACAUUCCGGUCACUGUGGAAUGGUGCGCAUGAAGGAAAUUGCACGAAGCUAUUUUUGGUGGCCUGGAUUGGACAGUGCUAUUGAAGAGAAGGCAAAAGCUUGUAUGUCAUGUCAGGGUGUGAGGAAUGCACCCCAGUGGGCACCCCUAUACCCAUGGGACUGGCCUGAAAACCCGUGGCAACGUAUUCACGUUGACUUCGCUGGCCCCCUUGAAGGAAGCAUGUUCUUGGUGGCAGUAGAUGCCCAUUCUAAAUGGCCAGAAGUCUCUAUAAUGCAGUCCACUACUGCAGAGAGUACUAUCCAAAAACUACGAGGACUCUUUAGUCAUUUUGGUCUGCCAGAACAACUUGUGAGCAACAACGGACCGCAGUUCGUCUCUCAGGAGUUUCAAAAUUUUAUGAAGGCAAACGGGAUACACCACAUCAUGUCAGCACCAUAUCAUCCAUCCACCAACGGAUUAGCUGAAAGAUUUGUGCAGACAAUGAAACACGCUUUGAAGUCAGCAAGGGGACAACACUCCAUUCAAAAGCGUCUGGAUACCUUCUUACUUUCCUACAGAAACACACCUCAUGCUACGACCCAGGCUUCCCCAGCCUUUCUAAUGAUGGGACAACAGCUGCGCACUUGCUUUGAUCUGCUGAAACCUUCUGAACCCCGACAAAUUGUGCAACAUCAG